UGGUAUACAGAAGAAUUCUGUAAUUUUCUCCCUUUUCUUUAACUGGAGGCAGUGAAGAGAAGUCUUUUUAAUAAUCCAACAACACAGAGAUAAACAACUUUGCUGAUGAGGACUGAUUAAGAAGGCAAGGCAAGAAUGGCACAACAAAAUGUCAUAUUAAUGAGAAUGAGAUUUCAGGACAAUCAAAAAGGCCAUCUGUGAAAAUCCAACUACUUUACUGUGUUCUUCCUGUCCAUUCUCCUCCUGACUUAAGAGCUUGUAGAGCUUUCCUAACCAGUGCUGAAGAGGGCUCUCAGGAAAAUGAAACUUGACAGUGCUGAAAUCCUUUGACACCUUUUCAGCUCUUCUUCAGGGAAAAAAAACCCUCAGGGGUUUUUUUUUUUUAACAGCAUGGAUCGAUUCCAGAUGGUUUUCCAGUACUUCCAGUCUAAUUCAGACUCAGUGACAAAUGGGAUCUGUGGGCUACUAGCAUUGGCAAGUGUGAAGAUUUACACCAUCUUUGAUUUCAAUUGCCCUUGCCUUUUAAAAUACAACAUGGCCUAUGGCUUGGGAAUAAUGUUUAUCCCACCAGUAGCACUUUUUCUUUGUGGACUAAUUGUCAACAGGCAAUUUGUUGCAAUGCUUGAGGAGUGGAGGAGACCCGCUGGAGACAGAAGGAAGAAUCCAUCCAUUAUCAGGUACAUGUGUUCUUCUGUUAUGCAACGGGCUAUGAUAGCACCCACUGUUUGGAUCCUAGUCACCCUCCUUGAUGGAAAAUAUUUUGUCUGUGCCUUCAGCAAUUCCAUUGAUCCUGAGAAAUUUCCAGAUUUAGCUGCCAACAUCACCACCUAUGAUGCCUUACAACACUUUCUUGCCAAAAUCCCAUGCAAACAUGAUGAAUUGAUGAGGAAUAACACUUCCCGCAAGGCAGUGUCCAGAUAUCUCAAAUGCUGUUCACAAGCUUUUGGUUGGAGUCUUCUUUUAAUUCUCAUCGUGAUGGCUUUCCUUGCUCGUUCUCUCAAGCCCUGCUUCAAUCAUGCUGCCUUUUUGCAAACCCGCUACUGGAGCAAUUACAUUGAUCUUGAACAAAAAAUAUUUGAAGAGACCUGUUGUGAACAAACACGGGACUUUGCACACAGGUGUAUCCUCCAUUUCUUUGAGAGCAUGCAGACAGAAAUCAAACUCAGGCGGUUUAAUGCCUACACGGAAGAAAAGGGAACAAAAGUAAAGGAAAAUAUUCAUUUGAGUGGCAUCACUAGCCAGGAGCAAAUAAGCAAAUUUCUUCUGUCCUGGUACAACAGGAAACCUCCACUGGAUUUGAGUCAAGCCUAAAGGCAAAGAGAUGAUAUCUUUGCUUUGAGCAGUUGACAGGUGCCAUCCUCAGCCAAUAAAGCAGAUGUUUAAAAGAAAGUUGAAAUAGGCUUCUCUCACUUAGACAAUUCCCAUGUCACAUGGCUCCCUAUAGCAACAGGGGUCUACUGCCUUGAUCUGCAAGACUAAGCAACUGAACUUUUCUGAACAGCAACUGGAAUUAUUUAAAGAACUGAGUUUUUUAUCAAGUUUACCACUUUUGUUUUUACAUUGGCCAUAGAUCAUCAGACAGAACACAAAAUGGUUCAGACUGGCUUACACACAAUUUUUAAAUCAUGGUAUAUUGCAGUCCCAACUAUUUGGGUUUAUCCACCAUCCUAAGCAAUAAUCCAAUAAUGGACAAAAUCAAAUAGCUAAGUGCAAUGCAGGAAGCCAACCGUGGUGAAUUAUAAUCGGCUAAAUGUUCAUCAACCAGAAUUAAAAGACUCUUGAAGCAAGCAAGUGUGGUAGUAGUGAUGUGAUAGAGUUGCUCAUAAAGGCAUAGGACAGAAUCUGUUUGUUUGUUUGUUUCAAUUGACAGUCUUAUCCAACAGACAAAAAGACAAAGCAAGCAAAUUGUAUUACUAAAAAAAACAACUGUAAUUUUUAGUGAAUAAUGAAAGUAUGCAAUAAAAAAGAAAUAAAUCUUUUGAGAUAAGCCAUGGUGGUGCAAUGAUUAGAAUGCAGUAUUGCAGGCUAAUUCUGCAGACUGCCAGGGGUUGGAUACUCACCGGCUCGAGGUAGAUUCACCCUUCCAUCCUUCCGAGGUCAGUAAAAUGAGGACCCAGAUUGUUGGGGACAGUAUGCUGACUCUGUAUACCGCUUAGAGAGGGCUGUAGAGCACUGUGAAGCAAUAUAUAAGUGCUACUGCUCUUGCUAUACAGGAAUGUCUGUGUAUCAAUUUUGUUUUAUCUUUUAUUUUAAAGAAUAAUUUCUCAUUUAAACUAGAGUGAAAGGUAAGAGAACCAUGCAUAUCUUUACCUGAAGUGGGCAACCUGGGACCUUAUAAUAACUGAUAGAGAGAGGCUGCUAAAUUGCAAGGUUGUUUUAUGCUGUUAAUAGAAUAUUGCUUUGUAAUAACUUGCUUAGUUAUCUUUAACUUGUAUUUUUUGUUAUUUGUUUAUUAUUAAAGAGCUGUAUCUUUACUGAACUAAUCUAUUUAUCUACUUCCUCUGUUUAUCUGUAUCACCAUUGUUUUUCUGUGUCUGUUUUAGAUAAUAAGCCAGUUGGCA